CGCCUGCGUUGCAGCAUGAACAGCACAGCCGAGAAUAAGGAAGCAACAUGUGCCGACCAUAAUAACCAUAAUAACUCUUACACAUCAGCAGCGCACGGAGGAGAAGAGACACGCAGCCACGAGAACAGAAGAGGGGAAGCCGAGGACCCGCAGUCACCAGUGGAUACUCACGCACACAUACAGGGAGAGAGAGAGAGAGAGGAAACAUUGUUUAUUAUCACAUCAUGAAAAGAGAGGUGAAGGCCGGAGUCAACUUCCUCAAACGCCUGGCUGUGGCACGUGGCAACCUUGACGAGGCCAAAGCAGAAUUGUUUGCUGAGAAGUUACAGCAACUUUUGUGCGACAAGUAUGAUGAUCACUGGUAUCCUGACUGCCCCAACAAAGGCCAGGCAUACAGAUGCAUCCGGAUAAAUAAUGGAGUCCUCUGUGAUGAAGUUCUGAUGGCAUGUGAAGCGAGUGAGCUCACGCCCGCUGAACUGCGCCUACCGUCUGAAGUCACAGUGUGGAUUGACCCACUGGAGGUUUGUGCAAGAUCUGGAGAGAACAGCAGGCCGUUCACAGUAGCCACUUUUAAAGAGGAAGAGGAAGAUGUGAAGGCAGAACAGGAUGACUCCUUGAUGGAUUCAUUAAAUCUGGAAACGUCAGAUUACCACUCUGCCACUUCCUCAGAUUGUGGCUCGGCCACGUCAAGCGACACAGAGGAGGAGGCGGUAAAGGACGACGAGCCUGAGGGAGAGCAAGAAAAAGAAGAACAGCUGGUCGUGAAGGAGGAGGCGGCAGAAGGCGAUGCCUACGCGGUAGUGAUGGUGCCAAGGAUUCGGAAACGUCACGGCGCAAAUAAAGUCAAAUACGUCAGCAAUAUGCUGCCUGCUAGCCUCCAGUACUUCUACCACCCGGCACCAGUUUGGCCUCAGUACAAGAAGGCCGCUCCAAUCUUCCUCACCACAGUGUGUGCACCUACAGCUCAGCCGCCACCUCCCCCUCCCCAGCAGCAAAUAUUCGGCUACUACAUCUUGCCACAGCCGCCUCCACAGUUCAUUGUGCCGCAUGCUGCUCUGCAGCCGUGGGGAGCCGUGAAGGGUUAAGACCUUUCAGGAUCUCAGUCUGGGAAGCAUGCUCCGAACAGUUCCACUGUGUAGCUCAAACUUAUUCCUUGCACAACCUGUAAUGAUUUGUCUUUCCUUUUUUAAAAUACUGGUGACUUGUAAUUGAUUGCUUGCACAGAGACACGCCUUGAAUGGAAAACCCUUUUUUUAUUCUUGAUCUAUAAUUCCACACGGCUCUAUUUCCACAUACUGUACACAUUCAGAUUGACUCAGGGACUCUAAGCAAUAUUCUCAGUGCCAAAUAACUUUUCAGGUGUUAUUUGUUUGUUCUCACCAAAUGGGGUCCACUGUACUGUACAUUACUUCACCAAUGAUCCAUGUAAAAUGUGAUUCAGGGUUUAAAUCUCUUGUAGCUAGAGUGACAAUAUCUGUAUAUUAAGAAGGCUAUUUUUUACUAAACUGCUUGUAAAUACUUGAGAACUCACACACCAUGCAGGUAGACUGAUGCACACUUUCUAAUAUUACUUAGCCUUUGUUGUAAUUUAUUGGGCCACCAGUGGGUGGCGCUAAACUCACAGAUAAUACAUGAGAUCGAAUCGUUUUCAUGAACAGUGCCUGCUGCAUAUUGUAAAUGCUGAGAUACGCUCCUUAUUCAGAUGUCUUUAAUUUAUGUCCUGCAUAAAGCUGCCUUUUUAAUUUCCUGAACACAAAGCAUUUCACUCAGUUAAUCAAUAUGAUGUGUGCUUAGUUAAUUUUAUUUGUUGGUGCAUAUACUGUAUAUUCUACUGUUCAUGCCGCUGUGAAGCUCAUCUGCGUGUUUAAGCAUUGAUUUGCUAUUCACUUUUUACUGCAGUGCAUUAAAAUGAACUUCUGUCUUAA